AUGAGUAGUACAAUUUUUUACCGGUUUCGGUCGCAGAAGGAUUCAUCUAGAGUGCUUUUCGAUGGUACUGGUCUAACUGUGUUUGAUUUGAAACGAGAAAUCAUAUUAGACAACAAGCUUGGUGAUGGUACUGAUUUCCAGUUGCGUGUGUACAAUCCUGAUACUGAUGAGGAAUAUGAAGAUGACGCGCAGGUGAUACCUCGUUCGACCACGGUUGUGGUACGGCGGUCUCCAGCAGCUAAGACUUUUUCUAUACAUAGUAGAAACAAAGGAGGCCUUGCAGCAACUAUGGGUAAUGCUACAAGAUACAUCACCGGUAGGCCGAGGGUUUUUCAACAACAAGCUGGUGGCUCAAUUCAACCACAGCAACAGCAACGGGCUGGGUCUGAAGCUGCAGCUGUAUCGGGUAUGACUGAAGAAGAGAGAAUUGCCAGUAUGUUUGCUACACAAGAGAAUCAAUGGGAGCAAGCACAACAGGAAAUGUCGACUGCAACACCAGUUAUGAGUAAACCUAUUACUAGUGGCGCCAACGCUGAAAACGAUGGGCCACCACCUCCCGGUUAUAUGUGCUACAGAUGUGGCUCAAGAAAUCAUUGGAUAAAUAAUUGUCCAACUAACACAGAUCCGAACUUUGAAGGUAAAAGAAUACGUAGAACUACGGGUAUCCCAAAGACAUUCUUAAAGAGUGUUGAAGUAAAUCCAGAAACUAUGACACCUCAGGAGAUGGCUGAGAAGAAAAUUAUGGUAACUGAUGAAGGUAAAUUUGUCGUCCAAGUCGCUGAUAAACAAUCAUGGGAAGAUUACCAACGUAAAAUCAAGAACAGACUUAUUGAUAGUGAUGCAGCUAUAUACCAACCGGGACAUUUCAGUGAUCUUCCAGAAGAAUUGAAGUGUAAUUUAACUGGAGGUCUCCUCAAACAGCCAGUGCGUACUACUGCAUGUUGUGAUAAACUGGUUUCCAAGAAAAUCAUGGAAGAUACACUUCUUGAUAGUGAUUUUGUGUGUCCUCUUUGUGAUAAGGAGGAUGUUUUAUUAGAUUCCCUGGUUGAAGAUGAGGAAAUACAAAAAAAGGUUAAUGAAUUUUUGAAAGACCAUGAGGAUCAAAACGAAAACAGUAAAAGAAAAGCUGAUGGACAGACAGAUAACGGGGAAGCUAAGAAGGCAAAGGUAGAUGAAAACGAAAUCAACUCAGAAACAUUAAAUUCUAGUGCGGUUAAUUCUCCGGAGAAAAAGAAUGAAUCACCACAAAAGCCUCUUCCUAUGCCAAUACCGCCUGUGCCAUUUGGCAUGCCUGCUUUCCCAAUGCCGUUUAUGCCAUUUAUGCCUCCACAACAAAACUCUAAUCAAAACAGCAGUAACCAAUAA